AUGGGGGUGAGGAAAGGCGCGUGGACGAAAGACGAGGAUGUUCUUCUCAAGGAAUGCAUCGAAAAAUACGGCGAGGGGAGGUGGCACUUAGUCCCCAUUAGAGCUGGGUUGAACAGAUGCAGAAAGAGCUGCAGGCUUAGAUGGUUGAACUAUUUGAGGCCAAAUAUUAAAAGAGGUUACUUUGCUAAAGACGAAGUUGAUCUCAUCGUGAGGCUCCAUAAGUUGCUCGGCAACAGGUGGUCGUUGAUUGCCGGUAGAAUUCCUGGACGAACAGCGAACGACGUGAAAAAUUUCUGGAACACCCACAUCGACAAGAAAUCCUCACCACCAUCCACCAAUGGAGAUGGUUUCCAGCAGAAAAGCGUGAGCAUCAACAAUACCAACGUUAUAAGGCCCCAACCUAGGACCUUCUCUACAAAUUUACAGCUUUCGAGACCUUAUGAACCAACAGACAACAUUUCCAGCACCACAAAAGACAAAAAAGAACACCCAAGCGCGCAAGUACCCCCAUUGAUGCUCGAGUCCAAAACUCCCCAAAACGAGUGCAUGAGCUGGUGGGGAAGCUUACUCGAGAUAACCAAGAAUGGAGAUGGGACACCAUUUUUGUUCCCGGAUGACCAGGUUUCGGAUCCAAUGAUGUUUACGACUAGUCAGGCGAAUGGUGAGGCGGUUGAAGACGGUGGAUUGAGUAGUUGGGGUCUUGAUUUUGAUGUUUGGGAGAUUGUGGACAUGAAUAAUCAAUAUUGA